UUAACGCAAUAAACCGGGGCUUGCAACAAAACGAACGCCCGAACGCAUCACGUUGCACCGCUGCCAGUCUCACCUUUCGUUACGAGCCGGUUGGUGUUUUUUCAGCGGCGCGCCUUCCCACAAUCCGUACCGUUUUUGACAGUUGCGAAUGAGUAAUGAUAAACGUAUACGAAUCGUGCGUCGGUUCGGCUGUGCAGCGGUUGUGCGUCCAACAAUGAGACGAAACUUGAAACACUUACUGAAAUUCGUCCUGCUGUCGGGCCUGACUGUCGUGUUUACGGUGCUCCUGUUCAGGAUACUGAGGGCCCCCGGACCGGAACGGGAGGACGGGGCCUACGUGCAGAGGAUCGUCGGAAAGUUGCCGGUCGAGGUGCCCGAUGAGGUGUUCGUCAAUGAAAAAAUCGACUGGCACGACUACAAACAGAUCAAGAAGGAUCUGGCAAGGACAGGAACUGGAGAACAAGGCAAGCCGGCGUAUCUCGCCGCCAACGAGCAAGACAACUACGAAUCACUGUACAAAGUAAACGGCUUCAAUGCGGCCCUUAGUGACAAAAUCGCCCUGGAUAGAUCAGUGCCCGACAUCAGACAUCCGGGUUGCAAGUCUAAGAAAUACCUGAAGAAGCUUCCGACUGUCAGUGUGAUUGUGCCGUUCCACAAUGAGCACUGGACGACGCUUCUUCGGACCGCCACCAGUGUGGUCAACAGGUCGCCCGCACAUUUGUUGAAGGAGGUCAUUUUGGUGGACGAUUGUAGUACUAAGGAAUUUAGUAAGAAACCUCUGGAUGACUACUUGGCGGCGAAUUUAACGAAAGUCCGUGCGAUACAUUUGCCGGAACGUAGCGGUCUAAUAAGGGCGAGAAUGGCGGGAGCUAGGGAAGCCACCGCUGACGUCCUGAUCUUUCUGGAUUCCCACACUGAGGCCAACGUUAAUUGGUUGCCUCCGUUGUUAGAACCCAUCGCUCAAGAUUAUAAAACAUGUGUUUGUCCAUUUAUCGACGUCGUCGCAUAUGAGACUUUCGAAUACCGAUCCCAAGAUGAAGGUGCCAGGGGAGCGUUUGACUGGGAAUUUUAUUACAAACGCCUGCCUUUACUCCCCGAGGAUCUAAAACAUCCGACGGAGCCUUUCAAGAGUCCCGUCAUGGCUGGAGGUUUGUUCGCGAUAAGCACCAAAUUUUUCUGGGAGCUGGACGGUUACGAUGAGGGCUUGGACAUUUGGGGCGGUGAGCAAUACGAAUUGAGCUUCAAAAUAUGGCAGUGCGGUGGUCAAAUGUACGACGCACCGUGUUCGAGGGUCGGACAUAUUUAUAGAAAAUACGCACCUUUCCCCAAUCCUGGAAAAGGCGAUUUCGUUGGAAGAAAUUAUAGAAGAGUAGCAGAAGUGUGGAUGGACGAAUAUGCUCAAUACCUCUACAAUCGCCGGCCCCAUUAUAGAAAUAUAGACACCGGUGAUAUUUCCCGGCAGAAAGCUUUGAGGGAAAGGUUGAAAUGUAAACCAUUUAAAUGGUUUAUGGAGAAUAUUGCCUUUGAUUUACCUCUAAAGUAUCCCCCAGUUGAACCUGGUGACUUUGGCGUAGGAGAGAUAAGGAAUUUAGGUGCUCCGGAUUUGUGCGUGGACUCGAUGCAUCAUGACAGAGACGGCGUAGUUGAAGUGGCAACAUGUGCUAAAGGUACGGGACGUACCGCUGAGCAAAACUUUACUUUGACGUGGCACAAGGACUUGAGGAUAAAAGGGAAGACGUUAUGCUUUGACGUUUCCGACCCUAAUGACAAGGCUGAUGUAACUCUUUAUCCCUGUCACGGUAGUAAAGGAAAUCAGUAUUGGAAAUACGACGUUGAGAAACAAUGGUUCUUACAUGGUGGCAAUCCAAGGUGCUUAGACUGUGAUCCCGGAAGGAAAAAACUAUUUGUCACAUCAUGUGACCAAAACUCUAAAACUCAAAAGUGGAGAUUUGAAAAUGUGAAUUUGACAAUGAUAGCGGACUGGGAAAAUAUAGGAGUGAAAUAAUUAAUUAAUAAAACAAUAUUGAAUUAAUGACUGAAAUACUGACCUUACUAAUGUUAAGAUGGAAAAACACAUCAAGUCAAGCUGUUUUAUAUUUAGAUUUCUUCUUUAAAUGUUUCGUAAUGUUUGAUUUAAAUUAAGCCAAAGUAUGUUUUCAGUAUUUUUUCAAACUUGCCUUACUUGUAUAUUCUUGCCCAUCUAAAUUUAAUGCUAAAUUAGUUUUCCAUUUGAUAAUAAUGAUAAUUUACAUAUCGAAAUUAAAUACCAUAAUUAUCUUCAAAUGGAAAAUAAAACAAGUAGAAUUAAGUGGAAAAUUAGAUUUUAAAACUGUGAUAAAAAAAUUGUUCAUUUUGUUUAGUCAGUUUAAAAAAUGUUGCCAUACUGAAUUGUUAAAAAUUUGAUUAGAUAUAAAAAUGUACAAGUUUAUAAAAAAUUUUGUAAUGGACUGUACUUACAAUCAUUCCUAAUAAGAAUUUUUUUAGAAGA